UCAAUAUAUGGCAACUGCUUUGCAAAUACGCUCCAAGAUUAAGGAAGAGGUUGCUCUUGUACCAGAGAUACCUAAGUCGAAAUCAAGUGAAUCACCAGCUCAAGAAAUGGAUGAAACUAGAGAAGAAAUGGAUCAUAUUAGAGAAGAUGAUCUGGUGGCUCUUUGCCUAGGAAGAUCUUCAUUGUCUGUAGCCAAAAACAAGGAUCAUCUUCCGAAAGCUAGCAAACAAGAAGAUGAUAGUUUGAACCAAGGGCUCGUGCUAAGGUUGGAUGGGAGAUCAUAUGAGUAUUCAGGGGAUCAGAAUGAUGCAGGAGUCUCAAAGAGCCAAAGUCCCACAAAGAUCGAAGAAGAAUCUGAAACUGAUCAAAAAUGGGGUUCAAGUAUAGGAUUAAAGGCGGCGAGAAGCGAGGAAGAUGAAGCUCUCUUGCAGCAGCAUCCUGCGAAGAAAGCUAGAGUUGCUGUCAGGGCAAUAUGCAAUGGCCCAACGAUGAACGAUGGCUGUCAAUGGCGAAAAUAUGGACAGAAAAUAGCGAAAGGAAAUCCAUGCCCUCGAGCCUAUUAUCGGUGCACAAUGUCAACCUCAUGCCCUGUCAGAAAACAUGUGCAGAGAUGUCAGGAGGACUUGUCGAUCCUCUUAACAACCUACGAAGGAUCACACAACCACGGGCUCCCCCCUGCAGCCACAGCAAUGGCAUCCACCACUUCUGCUGCGGUUUCCAUGCUGAAAACCUCCUCAACAUCCACCUCACAGCCAAGCCUUAGCCUCCCCUCCGCGACCUCUGCCACCACCAAAUUCCCUCCAUUUUAUGCCCCUAACACAACAAUUUCGACGUCUCAGUCACACCCUACAAUCACCCUAGACCUCACCACACCAUCCGCCUACUCGCAUUACAACAAGUACUCAUCAACCUUCUUACCUCCUCACCACACAACAUAUUCCCCUGCUGCAUCCCUCAACUUCUCUGCUUCCUCCUCGUCCUCAUCCGCCUCAUUCGAGCACUGGAGAAACCAGAGCAUAUCAUCCUCCUCUUAUGCCUCAUUAUACAACAGAACAGAACUCCAAUUGCCAUUAAUGCCUCAUAAGAACAAUUUUAUUAAUCAAACUCAACCGCAGUUUUCUAUAGAGAAAAUCGCGGAUGCAACAAAGGAAAUCACAUCGAACCCGAGUUUCCAAUCUGCAUUGGCAGCUGCAAUUUCAUCAAUAGUUGGAAAAAAGAGUGGUGGCAUUGCAGAAACCAUGCAAUCACAGUUUGCUACAAGUCAUUUCAAUUCGAUUUUUCCACAAGCUGGGAACCUGAAGUUUGAUUUCUCUCCAUUUGCUUCAAGUAAAGGUGACUUUAGGAAGUUGUAAAUUCGAAGAUGUGUAAAACAUUAGGAGUAAAGUUAAUCUCAAGGUUCAGUUUUGGUCCUGUAAUAUAUUUCUUCCCCUGUAAAAGUUGAUAUUAUGAUCUGUACAUUUAUAUCAGGAUGAUUAAUAUAAUGAAAUUUACGUGAAUUAAGAA